CUGCACACAGUGGGGCGUCACUUGCAGCAAUUACCAACUUCCUCUUUUCCCUGUAUUAUGUCAGUAGCACUGACAAAGUUCUUAGUUACAUUCUGAUACAGCCGGUGCAUUAUGGCACAGUGCUGUCCGUCUCUAGUCUCUGUGUAAUGUAUGUAUUGGGGAGAGAAAUCCUUUAUUUACUCCAAGGAUUUUGGCAAGCCGUUGAACAAACAUGAGGAUGUUACCAACAUGUAUGUUUGGUUCCAGAAACUCCUGAAAUCAAGAGCAUCUUUACCAGCACAACAUGAACAAGAAGCAAAAGUCACGAAAAAGUCUUCUGUCAACAAUGUACCAACUACAUCUACAUCGUCGUUCUGUUCAUCAUCAUCAUCGUCCUCAUCAUCAUUACCAGGGACAUCCCCUUCUAAACCACUGCAGUCACAAAGUGCUCUGAGCUCACUGUUGCGAUGGAGGAGAAAGUAUGAUGUGUUUGUGUGUCACAGCUCUGUGCACAGUGAUAGCGAAGAGGCUGGACGUCUGGUCGCUUUUCUAGAGGCUUCACCGCGUAGCCUUCGGUGCUUUCUACCGCAGAGGGACGACUGUCCAGGGGGUGCAGUUUCCACAGAGUUAUGCCAGGCUGUGCAGAACAGCCACAUGUGGGCUCUGCUUAUCACUCCCAACUUCCUACAGGAGGACUGGUGCCAGUACAUGAUGCACCAGGCUCUGGCAGAAGCACCUAUGUCCAGUCGGAUUAUUCCCCUUGUUCUGAAUCUGCCCCACUCUCGGUAUCCUAAGGAACUGAAGUUCUACAUCUACAUUGACCUGAGCCGUAACCCUAACCAAGGUUAUACUCUCCUCAGCAAGACUGUGCUCAAGUACCUGGAAGAUCUUGUUAAAAAGGAGAAGACACUUGACUGUAACGUGGACAGCUCUAGCGACGGAUUAAGUGAAGAAGACACCUUACAAAAGAACAAGCUGAUGGCUUGCACAUAUGACCCUGAAGGGACGUGGAAGUAAUAAGAAGGAGAAAUGGAGCAAGAGGCUCAGAAUGGAAACAUUACUGCUGCUGACCAAAAUCAGUUUUGGUGAAUGCGGCUGCAAAGUGAAUGUUAACAGUCUAUGUCUAACAGUCAGACAUGGUCUAUGUCAAGCAAACAGCCUCACCUCAUGCCUCCUUUGAAAGUCCCAGGCCAUGUUCAUCUCAUGUUCAUCUCAUAACUUCGUAGUAUUCAGAUUGUUAAUGGCACAUCUUUGCCAAAUCCGACAUGAUUCCGUUUUUUUAUUGAACUAAUUAUUUAAUUUUGGCAAAUCUGGUAGAAUUAUUUAUGCUUACUGAGAACUGGUUAAGUCUCAGGGAAACAGUACAUUCAUGUUAAUAAUGCCACAGGUUUCAUCAUCAUCAUCGUCAUCAUCUUGUCUGUCAGAAGUAAAGUGUUGGCAAAGGUCAAACCUGCAGUCAAAAAAACCUGCAGUGUGAUAUCUGCUGUUGGGGCAGCCGUGGCCUAGAGGUUGGAGAAGCGGCUUGUGAUCGGAGGGUCACCGGUUCGAUUCCCCCACUGGACGGGCAGGAAAAAUUUGAGUGUGGUGGAGUGAAAAACGCUUCCCCUUCCAUUAGUCGGCUGAUGUGCCCUUGAGCAAGGCACUUAACCCCCCAAUAUGCUUCCCGGGCGCUUGACGCUGCCCACUGCUCCUGUGUGUGUUUCACUGCAUGUAAUUUGCUGGGUGUUGCAUGUGUGUGUUCAACUAAGGAUGGGUCAAAUGUAGAAGAUGAAUUCAGUGUGUGUAUGUAAAAAUAUAUAUACUGUCAAUAAAGCUGAUUCUUCUUCUAACAGUAACCUCUCAUCUGAAAAACUAGUCAUAGCCAAAAAGUCAUGCGUUCAUGUUUUAUGGACUGUAGAACAUCCCAAACAUCAAGUCUGGUUAUCUUUAAGGCAGUUUAUGGAUUAGCUCCUGCCUGUACUGCUGAAUUCUUGCUCUCCUAUAAACCAUACCACAGCCACAGAUCUCCAUGAAUUAUAAUUAUUUCAUCACAUCUAGUGAACGUUUGAACAAAACUUUAGCCACAGGGAAGUUGCUCACCCUUUUCCUCUUUUUUAUUCAUAGCCAAUGGGUGUGCAGUGAGGAUGUCCGCACAAUGAACAGGAAAUAUUUGAUCCAAGCAGCACAGAGGCUUACUUCCUGUGUGUUCAGAGCGCACUGACGUAGCUAAACUGCAGUUUGCAAUUACUGCUUUUAGUGAGCACGUAUCAUGAAAUGUGUUCAUGGUCUCAGCUUGUAUACAGAUGGAGUAACCACUGGGUGGUGUGUUUUCCUGCUCUGUCUAAUAGAAAGUGUGACUGAGGAAAUGCCUCUCGUGAUGGUGUGAUCAUUUUUUGAUCUACUUUUAAGAUUUUACUAUGAACAAACAAUUACUGCGACACUAUUACUGUUUUAUCUGUUGUUGUUGUUGUUGUUGUUGGUGGUCUGCUGGUAUUAAUAUAUAAGUCACAAUAUUUCUGACUGAGUGGUUUUAGUUCAGCUGUUUGGAACAAAGUCUGAAUGUAUUGACGUGUUGCUUUUCCUUCUAACCAAAGAGAAACUUUCACUUUUCUGUUAGGUGUGAUUAAAAGUCCUUGGCAGCACAAUUGGCAUUUGGAACACUUAUUGUGUGUCUUUAUUGUUUUAUUUGCCUAGUUUCUAUCCU